UCGUCGUCGUCGUCGUCGUCUUUCUCACUCCGACGAUUCGAACUCUGCAACCACAGACUUCAACUCUCGCUUUCCCGGAUCCCAAUGUCGUAAUCAGCAGCAAAACCAGCAUUUUUCUUGUUAAUCCUCUCCCGUUCUCUCUCUCUCUCUCUCUCUCUACCCAUUCACUGUUUAGCUUUAACAUUACAAUCAUUCUCUCUCUCUCGAGAGAGAGAGAGCUCCACAGCUCCCCCUGCAUUCAAAUUCUACACGCACACACGCACGCACUGAUCUCAAAACCCUAGCUCGGCCACAUUCAAUUUCCCACCUCAAUUCACCUCCCCGGCAUUAACUCCCUCCCUCCCGCCCUCCCUCUCUCUUCCCCCGCACUCGAGUCAUCUGUUCGGUUGCUGGAGCUCCAGAGCCGCUCCUUCGGGUACAGGGGAAAAGGCGGCUCCGGUUUGAGCCCAAUGUUGCUCGAAUUGUUGCUUUUUUGAGGACCACCGAUGGGCUUGGCGAAGCAGGGCUGGAAGUUGAGCUCCUGGUCCUUGUUACUGCAGCAACAGAGCAACGGCAACGUCGCCGGCGGGAACGGUGGCAAGUGCGGCGACCUCAAGCAGGUGUUUUGGAAGUCGGCGUCGAGGAAGAGGAGGGUUUCGUGGUCGAUCGUGUGCGGGUUGAUGCUCUUUGGUCUGGGAUUGAUUUCACUGUUCACUGGUCAUGUGGCCUCUGAUCUCGAGUGGUGGAACUCUCAGCGGCUGGUCAAGAAGAGCUUGUACUCCAAGCUGGACGGUGGUCACCGUACUCCCAUUGAUAUAUGGAAUUCAAAAGAUGCAAAUUUAUACUAUGGAUGCAGUGAAAGGGGUUCUCAUUUUUCAGCUGCUGUCCGUGAACGACAAUCAAAUGGUUAUCUACUAAUUGCAACUAGUGGGGGGCUUAAUCAGCAGAGAACAGGAAUAACAGAUGCUGUUGUUGUUGCACGAAUUCUUAACGCAACGCUGGUAGUGCCUGAGCUGGAUCAUCAAUCCUAUUGGAAAGAUGACAGCGAUUUUGUCAGCAUCUUCGAUGUAGAUUGGUUUAUCUCCUCCCUCUCGAAAGAUGUUACUAUUGUCAAACGAGUGCCUGAUAAGUUCAUGCGAACAAUGGAGAAACCACCAUAUACCAUGCGUGUUCCUAGGAAAUCCGCACCUGAAUAUUAUCUAGAUCAAGUUCUUCCCAUUCUCUUGAGGAGACAAGUUGUGCAACUGACAAAAUUUGAUUACAGACUUGCAAAUAACCUUGACGAUGAGCUGCAAAAACUGCGUUGCCGGGUGAACUAUCAUGCAUUGAGAUUUACGAAACCGAUUAGAGAACUUGGUCAGAGACUUGUAAUGACAAUGAGAAAGAUGGCUAAACGUUACAUUGCGAUACACUUGAGGUUUGAACCUGAUAUGCUAGCAUUUUCUGGGUGCUACUAUGGGGGUGGAGAUAAGGAGAGAUACGAGCUUGGUGAAAUAAGGAAACGAUGGUCAACUUUACCUGAUUUGAGCCCCGAGGGAGAAAGAAAGCGGGGAAAGUGUCCACUUACUCCUCAUGAGGUGGGAUUGAUGCUGCGAGCUCUUGGUUUUCCAAAUGAUACACACAUCUAUGUUGCAUCUGGAGAAAUAUAUGGGGGCGAAAAGACUCUGCAGCCUCUCAGAGAACUCUUUCCGAAUUUUUAUACAAAGGAGAUGCUUGCAAAUGAUGAUCUGAAACCUUUCCUACCAUUUUCUUCCCGAUUGGCUGCAGUUGACUACAUUGCCUGCGAUGAGAGUGAUGUCUUUGCCACAAAUAAUAACGGCAAUAUGGCCAAAAUUCUUGCGGGUAGAAGGAGGUACAUGGGACACAAGAGGACUAUCCGACCAAAUGCAAAGAAGCUCAGUACAUUAUUCAUGGCUAGGAAUCAGAUGGAUUGGGAAACAUUUUCUAAAAAGGUGAAGUCAUAUCAGAGAGGGUUCAUGGGUGAGCCCGAUGAACUGAGACUAGGGCGAGGUGAGUUUCACGAGUUCCCAUCCUCUUGUAUCUGUGAGAAACGGUCAAGUGAGAAUGACUUUGGAAAAGAUGAAGAUCAUAGCUCAAAGCAACAGAUCUUCGUCAGGGAGCCAAAUUUUCUAGCUCAGUAAUGCACAAGAAUCACGAUGAAGUGAAUUUGUCAACCAAAAGGAGUAGCAAGGCUGAAUCAUGGCUGUCAUCUGGAGGAUGUGUUAUUGCUCGACCAAAUUUAAGAUGACAGCGCUUGAGGAAGCUCGAAAUAUAGCGUCUGCUUCGCUUUUGCUGCCUCCUGCAAGACUCUACGGAGCUGAAUUAUAUAUGUGAAUGGAAGUAAGGGAAGUUUGAUGGUCAAGUGUUCAUAGUUUUGUGGUCAUGGCUGGUAUAUACACUGCGGAUUCCAGGAUUGCUUCGCACAGGAGUUACGGUUUGGUUGCCAGUUUCAUUUGCCAUUUGACAUGUAUGUAGGCAAUUUUAUGUCGCUGCUCAGUUUAUGAAGUGGAGGCAAUUGAGGCAAAGUCAGUCCACUUCUCGGCAUCCUAAUGUCUGAUUAUGGCACUGUGCCAAACCAUCAACUUUAACAGUAUCUUGUAGUGUGGUUAUCCCUCAGUUAUGCCCGAUCAUUGUCUAUUACAUGCGAUGAUGUAGAGGUAGGAAGAAUUGAAGUGGAAAAGCUGGUGAUAAUUGACUUGCAUCUCAUGGCAUAGUCAGGCAUGCCAUGUCAUUUCUGCGUAAAAUUUGCAUGGCCAGGUUUGAGUUGACAUUUUUGGGUUUGACAUGGGCGCUCAGUCAUUUUAUGGGGACUGUAAAUGGGUUUGACAUGGGCGCUCAGUCAUUUUAUGGGGACUGUAAAUUAUCUAGCUAUGUUCCUUA